CUGGAGGCUGCGGUGCGUCCGGGGGAGGCUGCAGCAGCAGAGGACGGGAGCCCAGGUGGGAGCAGGAGCCAGGGCGGCGCCCGGGGCGCUGGGAGAGGCCCUCCCGACCCGAGGCUUCGGGAAAAGAUCAAGGACUGAGCUCUCUGCACCAUGAACCCCACCAUCGGCAUCGCUGUUUUGCUGACAGUCUUGCAGGUAGCCCGUGGGCAGAAGGUGACCAGCCUGACAGCCUGCCUGGUGGACCAGAGCCUCCGCCUAGACUGCCGCCACGAGAACUCCACCACCUCCCCCAUCCAGUAUGAGUUCAGCAUAACCCGUGAGAAGAAGAAGCACGUGAUCUUUGGCACUAUGGGGGUGCCUGAGCACUCAUACCGCUCCCGAACCAACUUCACCAGCAAGUACAACAUCAAGGUCCUCUACUUAUCCGGCUUCACCACCAAGGACGAGGGGAUGUACACAUGUGAACUCCAGCUCUCUGGCCAGUCUACCACCAGCUCCAGCAAGAAUGUCUCUGUGCUCAGAGACAAACUGGUCAAGUGUGAGGGCAUAAGCCUGCUGGCCCAGAACACCUCGUGGCUCUUGCUGCUUCUGCUCUCCCUGCCUCUCCUCCAGGCCAUGGACUUCAUCUCCCUGUGACUGGCUGGGCAGGAAGCCACAAGGCCCAGUCCAGAGACCCUACUUCUCAGAGUUGGCUGACCCCCUACCCUCAAUCCCUCACACACCCUGGGGAGAAAUGGGGACCCUACCCCUCACAAGGAAUCCCAGUGCCGCAUGCCAUCGUCUACCCAUUCCCCAGCCCCACUGCCGCUCACACCCUCUCCGCACGCCACUGGCUGUCUUUUUUUUUUUUUUUUUUUUUUUAACUCUUUGUUCCAGAGUUGCUUCUGUCUGGUUUAUCCUUCCUUUUCUUUAGGAGUUUGUGAAAAGGGAAGCCAGGGUUGGGAAUGUGAUGGAGAGUGAGGGCAUGGGAGGGGUAGAAGGAUGGAGGGAUGCCAGUCCCUGGGAGGGGGGGGGGGGGGAUCAUCCUUGCCCACCAGGACCAGAGGCCCAGGAGAGACCUGGAUGAGGAGGAGGAUGGGAUGCAUCUGGGCCUAGCACAUCCCCCAGCAGGCAGGGAUGGUGCCUGAAGAGCCCGGAUGUGAGGGCACCACCAAGCAUCUGGGGCCCCUCACAAGAGGAGAGAAGGAACAUCUCCAGGAGCAGCCUCUGCCACAGCAAGAAGCCGUCCACAUACGGGAAGCAGUUCCACAUAGGGAACUGCCGAGGUUCCCUAGGGGCCUCAGGCCUGGCGCGGCCCCGUGAAAAAGCAGAUUCUGCCUGGGAGCAAUCUACUGGCGGGUUGGAGAGGGGGUACAAGCCUCCUCCCAGCCUGGCCCAAGCUCCUAAGAGGUUCCAGAACUCUGGCCCGCAGGCAGUAAGUCAGGCCAGGUAGAGUCCCAGAGCAGAGCAGACUUUGGCCCGCGUUUGGGGGGCUCUUCCUUCCCUCCCCCGACAGCGCCAGCCCCUUCUGGCCGGUGGCCAAGCCUUGAGAUGGCCCUCUGCCCCACAGGCCUGUCCUCUCGGGGACCUGGGGGGCAAGGGCGUCUGAGGCAGCCCAUGGAGUGAGACCCGUGAGCGGGACAUGCCUCGAGAGAUGGCUUUUCCCAACACCCAGCUCCCCAGCCGGCAGCUGUGCCCCGUCCUGUGAUUGUGUGUAGUGCCACCACAGCUUAUGGUAUCUCAUUGAGGAAAAAGAAAAGUGUACAAUAAAACCAAGCCUCUGGAA